UCCUCUUCUUAUCAUAAGCAAACGACGUGUAUGUGGGUUACAUGUAGCUGUGGCAUAGUAUAAAUGGUGUGUUACUAGAGAAAGGUCACUUGAUUGUAAUUCGGCGACAGACAAAGCUGUGCUCAUCGCGCAGGAUGUCAACACUCGGCCUUCAGCUCAUCUUACUGGGCCUGCUCGCUGCUCACCCAUCGCUGAGUACAGGUGAGAACAAUGGAUUUACGAACCUAGCGUUGUACAAGACUGCCUACCAGAGCAGCGAGACUUGGAACGGCUCUCCCGGGCGAGCUGUGGACGGCGGCCGCAGUGGGUCCUACGGCGAUGGUUCCUGCACACACACCGACACAGAGGACAACCCGUGGUGGUACGUCGAUCUGGGACGGACGCAGGAGGUCGACCACAUCACCGUCUUCAACCGACAGGACUGCUGCUGGGACAGGAUCACCCCAUUUAACGUGUACAUCGGAGACAACAGCAAUGUGACGGCGAACCCCAAACUUGUUGGAGAGUUCAGCUUCCCGGCAGGACAAGCCGACAAAACCAUCCAGGUUGGCGGGAUGAAGGGGCGGUACGUGGGGAUCAGCUUACCUGGCAGCAACCGGGUUCUCACUCUGUGUGAAGUGGAGGUUUAUGGAGUAUGGACAUGCCCGGAUGUUGACCCUACGACGUCCCCCUGGAAUGGCGGCCAUCAGUGCCCGGAUCUAGACCACACGCUGACCCCAUGGAACCCUGGGCACGACGCUACGGCGCAGGUGGUUGUGGGUAGAGGACAGAACUACCUGCUCCAAUCAUCUGCCACGUUUUACUCGUUGGAGAUCAGAGAUGGAGGGCGUGUUGUAUUCGCUGACUUUGGCUCCGCAAGUGACACUGAGAUUGUCCUGAGGGCCCGUGAUGUAACGGUGGGAGACGGCGGAGAGUUCCACAUCGGCAGUGAGACCUGCCCGUACCAGGGGAAGGCCACGGUGUCCCUGUACGGCCGCUCGGAUGAGAACGUCAACAGCACCAAACAGUUCCUGGUGGCGGCAGGAGGGACUCUGGAGGUCCACGGGCAACACAAGGUGGCGUGGACACAGCUCACGCAGACAGUGCCAGAAGGGGGCCUUCCUAAGGGUGCGUAUUCGUGGGAUUCGGCUAUCCAUGGUUGGCGUCGUGGCAUCAACGUUCGCGUCAUUGACGAGGUAUCGGCGGCUGUGGUGGACUCGGCCAACUUCGACACGUGGAUCAGCGAAGACCACAGCCGAAACUUGGCGACCUUCCUCGACCAGAUUCCCACAGGCAGAAUCGUGGCAGUGGCAGUGCAGGACGAAGCAGCCAGCAACCUAGAGGACUCCGCCAUACAGAGGCUCAAGGAUCUUGGCAGCGUGGAAGUUGACUCAUUGAAGUGGAGAGAACCGUGGACACUGAUAGCAGUCAAGGGAUAUCCAAGCACUGCUGUGGAACAGAGGAUCCCAUAUACAGACUCCCAGAGCACAGGCACGGCAACUGUAACGGUCACCUUCAACGGUUUUUUCGGGGAUUUUGACGUCGUCGUCAGCAGUGAAUGGUUGGGAGGUUCAGCGCGAUGCACGUUUUCUGUGGGUCGCCACGCCGAUGAGUACAUCAUCAACCUGAAGGAUGACGUGAGUUCCUGGCAGCCUGGGGACCACAUCGUGCUGGCCAGCACGGACUACAACAUGGAGCAGGCAGAGGAGUUCCAGCUGCUGCCGUGUCAGGAGUGCUCCGACCACCAGGUCAAAAUCAGCGGUGAAAUCGUCUACAUGCACUUCGGUGAGAUCUCGGAUGAAGUAGACUUGCGGGGAGAGGUUGGUCUGCUGACCAGGAACAUCAAGUUCCAGGGGGAGGUAGAGGACAGCUGCUAUGGCGACAACUUCUGUCAGUUCUUCGACUUUGACACAUAUGGAGGACAUUUGAAGGUUCUGAAAGAUUUCAAGAACGUUCACCUGUCCGGUAUCGAGUUCACCCGCAUGGGUCAGCAGAUUUUGGGCAGGUAUCCUGUCCACUUCCACAUGGCCGGGGACGUGGACGGAGUGGGGUGCUACAGCCGCCCAACGUACGUCCGAGAGCUGUCCAUUCACCAUGUCUUCGCCCGCUGUGUGACCAUCCAUGGGACCAACGGGCUACUGGUCCAAGACACAGUCGGUUAUGAGACCCUCGGCCACUGCUAUUUCCUUGAAGAUGGAGCAGAACAACGCAACGUCCUGGACCACAACCUCGGCCUGUCGACCCGAUACGGCACCUUGCUGCCCACCGACAGGAACGGGCAAAUGUGCCGGAACAUACUGGAUGGGGUGUACGGCGACUACGUUCCCAACGCUGGAAAGGACUGCUUGAUGUUAACGACGUUCUGGAUCUCCCAUCCCAACAACGACCUCAUCAACAAUGCCGCUGCCGGUUCCCUGGGCGUCGGUAUCUGGUACCUCUUCCACCGAGAGCCUACAGGUUUGUCAGAGGGAUCACUCCCCCCUUACCAGUCAUCGUACUCCCCUAUGGGACGGUUCUACAACAACAGAGCACACUCUAAUUCACAGGGGAUGAUGAUAGAAGCAGGGGUGAAGACCACGCCAGCAACGGCAUCCUCACCGUCCGAGUUCCUGUCCAAGUCCGGUGGAAGGUACAAACCUCACCGGAACUCGGACCUGCUGCAGCCCCGUGUGCCGGCCAUGCUGGUGGGGUACCUCGCCUCCAAGAACCGCGGAUGGGGCGCGUGGAUCCGCGGAGGGGACAUCUGGUUCGACAAGAGCGCGUUUGUUGACAACGCAGUAGGACUAGUGAUGGCAAGCGAAGGAAUAUUCCCUAACGACGAAGGAUCGAGCCAGCAGAUCUGGAACAGCAUCUUCAUCGGCGAGAGUGAGAACGUGGGCACGAAAACUGGAUCCAGGGCCUGGGGGAUGGGCGGGGUGAAGCCGGUGGAGAGGACGUGGCCUAGCUCUACAGAGAACAACCUGCGAGGUCUGGAUGUGUACGAUGGCCCCAUCUUUGCAGACAGCUGUACUUUCAGGCGGUAUGCCAAAGUACCGGAGGCCAAUCGGUACAGCAGCGCUGUAGGCUUCCACACCUGGAAUGGCUGGCAAAACACGCCGAAGAACAACAUUACACGGUCAAAGUUUGAAAAUGUUCAAAGUCGCAUGUUCCUGGGCGCGGCAGGCUUACCAGGUUUCGGACAGAACAACAGAGACGGCGACAAGACCAACAUUCUACACGACCUGGACGGCAGCAUGACCGGCUACCCGGACAGCUACAUAGUCGGGCCGGACAACUACCUGGUCAGGAACCCGGGAUGUGUGGAGAAGCCGGACUGGCUGGGCUACGUCUGUACGGGAGAAUAUGCAUCGUUGUUCAUCCAUCCCAACCAUGCAAAUAACCAGAUGUCGAUGUACCGUGACGAGUAUCCGGACAUCCCGGUUACACUGAAAAGCCCCGGGAAGACGGCUUACUACAUGCCGGUGGUGAUGCUGGACAAGUCCUACACCGUCCACUGGAACGGGCCGGCUCCGGAUCAGCUAACCAUCUACCCAAUUAACUUUGACAGUGGCGACUGGGUCCGCGUGGGUUUCUGCUACCCACCAGGAACCACCUUCCAGGUGACGUACCAACUCGAGAGUCGCGUCCCGUCCGCCAUCAUGCACGACGAGGCCGUCAGUUCGGCGUCAAGCCUGGCUGAGAUAGACGCCAGCAGCGAUGGCAAACUCUUCUACUUUGAAGAGAGCACAGGACUGUUGUUCCUGAAAGUUCGCGCUAACUACGACCGGGAAGGCCAUACGUACUGUUCACACAUGGGCUGUGAGAGGAUCACCAUCUCGGCCACCAUGACAAGUGACGCGGUCAGCGACUGUACAGCAGCCGCUUAUCCCAAGUACAGCCUGACGCCGACAGAGACUGUCCCCAUGCCGAGCUUCCUGAGUCUGGCCAACGAUUGCACAGGCUGUGGUGCUCCGGAACCGAUAGUAUUUGAUGAGGGUAAGAAGUUCGUUGAGGUGACGGUGGUGUCAGCGGGGCCUCAGGAGGCACAUGGCCACGGAUCCUUCAUCCAGAUAGAUGGAGUUCAGUUUGAUAACCAUCACCACGGCCACCUGGUCCUCAGUGUUGACGCCCUGUCCGGCUCCGUCACACAUGAGAUGGCGUUCCACUCCGGCGCCGAGCAGGCUAUGGCCAGCUACAUACGUCACAUCAUCCCGCAAAACUCCAUAGUCCUGGUGACAGCGGCAGACGCGUCGGGUCUUCACGUGCAGGAAUGUCUGUCAGCUCUGAAAGAGAUCGGAGCACAGGACCUCGAUAACGUGGGCGUGGGAGGAACUUUCUCCAUGGUUGGGUUUAAGGGGACCUUUUGGCCCACCUGGGUCCAGCAAGUCAACCUGCCGUCCGGUCAGGGUCCGGCACAGAUCUACACCAAGAUCCCGCUCAUGGGCUGACACUGAC